UACCAUUCUCUAAACAACUUUUGAAAUUUUGAAGUAAUUAUCAUUAACAUUUCUAAAGUUUGUGAACCAGAAAAGAGUUUUCUCUACGAGCAAUUGAAGAACAAUGUAAAUGCAUUAAUCGUUUUUUUGAAUAUGUCAGCAUUUCAUACACAACCUCAACAUAUCUUAGAAGUUAACACCUCAUGUAUUAAAUCUGUUAAUAAUCCUUGCAUUAUUCAAGGGGCUGAUUUAUGGAAAUUUUAUAAUAAACCUUCAGAAAACAUCAUUAAGCCAGGUGAUGUGAUUUUUGAUUCUGAAGAUGAUGUUGAUUAUUGCAACUUUUCUUCGGAUGAAGAUGCAUCUCCAAAAUUUGUUUCCAGUGGAACGCAAACUGAUUUGAGAGAAAGUGAAGCUCAAACAGAUCCAUGGGAUCCUCCUUACAUUGUUCACUGUAAACACAAAAAUCAAAAAAUAUUGCAGUUUAAAAAUCUUUCUUAUGGCAAAGGUCUUCCAGCCAGCCAUUUAGAAAUCCAACACAUCUUAGAAAAACUUGAGAUUUGUAAUGCUAGUACUCAGUCUGAUGAUGUCAUCAACGAUGAGGAUUUUAAGAAGAAGAAAAAGCUUAUGAAAGACCAAAUUAAAAGUGAAUGGAGGUACAAAAUGUCUAAACAUAAUGAGGAACAAAUAAAGAAAUUAAGAGUGAUGGAAGCAGUUUUAGCUGAAGAGUUAAAACAACAGACUGAAAAGCAAAAUGUGAUGUUAAAAAGUAUUUGGGCCAAAAAACAAGCUGAAGUGUUGAAGAAAAAUACAAAACUGGAGAAAGCACUUUGCAAAGAGUUACAAUCUUUGCAACCAAAGACUUCUGUGAGCAAGAAAAAUGAAUCUAUUACAAGAACUAAGGGAAUUGGUAAGAGGUCUCAAAGAAGAUAUCAUAUCCAAAAAACAACUGUCUCAAGUGAAGAAAUAAAUAAAUUUUUGGAAAGUGAUGAAAUUACUGAUUCACAAGCUAUAUCUUCAGUAAGAAAUUGGCUUGAAAAGAAGAAAAGUGCUCUAAAAAGUGAAAUUCCUUUAGCAAAGUCACUUCAAAAGAGUAAAAGUGAAAAAUUAAGUGAAGAUGUCUAUGAUAGUCUUCUAGAGAAGAAAAGAACACAAUUACCUCCAAGAAAGUACCAUGAAGAUUAUGAUGAAGAAAAAGCUCCUUCACCGCCCGUAAAAUCUGAAGUAGAAUUUGAAAUUUUAGAUUUACCCGAUGAAGGCAUUGAUUUGGCAACUGUCUGGCAGCAAGUAUUGCGGGGUCGUGCUUAUCAAAAACAGAUGCUGGAAUUGAUUGAAAGACACAAAAAUGCUUUAGAAGUCCGGCUUUUUGAUAAAAUUUCUGAGAAAAAAUGAUCUUGGAAGCAAGCAAUGAGAAAUCAAAGCAUUCAGCAAAGUACUUAGAAAAACAAUACAUGAUAAUAAAGUGCCUCAGUUAAAGUAUCAAAUCAUAUAAUGUUAGAAAUGCAAUUUUCUUAACAUUUGCUUUUGUUCUUUUAGAAUACAACCUAGUCAUUUUUCCUUUACCUCGUCUAGUCAUUUUGAAUUUCAUGUUUAUAAUUAUAAUGCAGUAAUUGUGUUUCCGUACUUUACAAACGUUAGAUCUUUAUUUCACUCUUUUACUAGUAAUCAAAAUUUUUGUUUUAAAUUUUGUUGCUGUAAUUUUAAUAAAAAUGUUUUUUCUCUUGUAUUUAAUUCUUUUCUCAAAUAAAAGUUAAACUGUCACGGUUAUUUGGA